ACAACUACCACCCCCUGCAUUCUUAAAUUCCUUCCUCAUCCAACAAAACCCUCCCCACAAUUCGACUCAUAAAUCACAUUUAAUGGGUUUAAAAUCCAUCUGACUCCAUCCAUUAAUGCCCACCAUCAAAAACUCCUACACAAAUUCAUACUACUACUACUACAUCGUUCAAAACUCAGCAUUUAUCAUUUCUUCCUUAGAUUUGAAUGGGUAAGAAAAUGAAGCUCAUUCCAUUCCUUCACAAGCCCACAGAACCUGCACCAUCUUCUUCUUGGCCAUGGCCUAGUUGUGGAAUCCCCAAGACUCUGUCUUUUCGAGAUGAACCGAUGCACAACUCGGUUCAUGUAGCCACAGAGUCCUGCUUCUUUAACUCAUCGGCUCGCGAUCUGUCAGCAGAUACAAUUGAGCAGCAAGAGGACGAGGACUUGGAUAAAACAAUAGAGAAUGUCAUUCGACAAGCGAGAUUAUCAUCAGAGAGGCUAUUCUUUGAUAAUCACAUUGCAGAAGCAACUAGCCCUCAACUUAAACUAUCAAAGACUGACAAAAACUCUACUGAUUUUAACAAAAAUAAUCCUGUUACAAGUACUAGCAGUUACAUCAGCAGUAGUGAUGCUAAACUAGUGGUAAUGGGAAUGGACUCGACGAAUCCAUUCGAAGAUUUCAAGAAAUCAAUGCAGGAAGUGGUGGAGGCCAGUGGCCUUAACAUGAAAGGUGAUCGCGAUUCACUUGAUCAGCUUUUGAGCUGGUAUCUAAAGUUCAACUGCAAAAGCAACCAUGGUUAUAUAGUUGGAGCUUUUAUUGACUUGUUGGUUUCACUAGAGAUCUCUUCGGCUUCCAAUACUACUUUUUCUUCUCCAACUACUUUAUUAUCUUCGGGGACUUCAUCGUGUGAUAAUGAGGAAGAAGACGACGAGGAAGUUGCAGCAGGACUUGAUCACCAUCUCAUUCGUGAUCAGGAGGCAAACAAGAUUAGUGAGACCAGCUAGCUUGCUUUAUUACUAGUAUUACAUUUUUCCGCCUUUAAUGUUUCGCCAGACAAGACAAUUUUCUAGUUAUGUAUUCAUGUAUAAAUCUUCCAAAUUUCAUAAUUAAGGUAAUCAUGAACGAACCAAAAUUGUCAUGUUGUUUCGUGUCUCUGGUGCUAGAGACUACAGAUGCAGACUCGUCUUCAAUUCGUGUAAUUGUUUCGAAAUGAGUGUGACACUUGACUCAAGAAGUUGAAGUUAAAGAAUUGGAUUUGGAGAUAUAUGCCGUAUAGCUUUCUUUUUUGGCAUAUAUUAAGCUUAACACUGCAUUACUGCCCUGUCAAAUGGUGCAGGGCCUGAGGCGUAUAAAGUAUUGCGAAUAUGACAUGAUUUAGUCCCAGCAACAGAGAUAGUGAUGCUAUCAUGUUAGGCAGGGCCAGGGGAUAGCUGAAACAUGAAGCCUUGGUUGGUUUUCAUUGUAAUAUAUUAUCACUAGUAUCAGGGGAGAAUUAUAGUUUGUGUACAGGUGGUGGGUAGAAAAUUAAACAGGCUUGCUUUAACCGUUCAACGGCAUUCCAUGUAUGUUGAUGUAACACAUACAUAAAGUGAAAAUGUAGCUAGAGUGAAUAGAUGAAGCUAGUUUGGUGUAACUGUAAUAAACAGGUAUCAUAUGCAACACACACAAAGAUCAACUCAACUGCUAGCUAGCUAAGACACAACUCACUUGCAACUUGGUAUAACAUAAUAAACAAGUUACCAGUGGAUUACUAGCAGAUCUGAGUACUUUCAUAUGGACAAUACAAACCAAUCAUAAACCAGGAAACAGAGAUGAUGAAAACAAUUCAUUUCACCAUUAGAUUCGU